AUGAGUAGUGGCACUGGUGGACUAGUGACUGUAUGUAGCGUGGGAUCGACCCUCGAAGCCUGGGGCAGUAAGGAGAAGAGAGGAAUAUUAAAGAAGAAUCGCAUCACUCACAUAGAACAGAGCGCCUUCUCCGGCUGUCCGUCGCUUCGACAACUUUGUAUUGUAUGUAAGUCGUUUGUUCUGUUCGUGGAGACGAACUAUCCUGAUGAGACAGUUGCCUCCGUCGCUUCAGCCGGCGCGUCGUGUCUCAAGCCAGGGACGAUCGAUGCUCGGGACAGUCGCCUACGUCUCGAAGACAACCUGCUGACCGAACUGCCCCCGGCGAUACAUCUCUUACCGUCGCUCGAGGAUUUGUCCUUGUCUAACAAUCUAGUGGAGGUGGUAGGUGGUGGUCUGAAGGCAUGUUCUCGCCUGGCUCGCCUGGAGCUGAGAGGGAACCCGCUGUCCGCGCUCGAGCCGCACGCCCUCACACACCUACCCCGACUGACCACGCUUGUGUUGUCGGAGGCGCGCGGCCUCAGAGUGUUUCCUUCCCUGAACGGUUCGUCCCGCCUCACCACCCUCCGCCUGGACCGAGCUCGACUCACCCGCCUGCCUUCGGACUUAUGUCAGCACGCGCCACUCCUGAGAGCGCUAGAUCUGCGGUCGAACAAGCUGGAACAAGUUCCGGAUCUUCAACAGUGUUCCGAGCUGCGUGUCCUGGAUAUAUCGGAUAACCAAGUGUCUUCGUUGGGUGGUGGCGCAUUGAGCGGGCUGAGGAAGCUUCACGACUUGCUGGUGGCCAGGAACCGACUGAGACGAAUCUCUGCUGACACGUUUAUACACACGCCUCGACUACAGCUAUUAGACCUCGAGGACAAUCAAAUCGAGCACAUCGACAUGGAAGCGUUCGUCCCCAUUAAUAAAUUAGAAGACUUGAACGUGGGGAACAAUCGCUUUCCCGUGCUCCCGGCCAGUGGAUUACAGCGACUGCUGCAUCUCAAGGCUCAUAACAAUCCCGCACUUAGACGUUUUCAUCCGCCCGAAGCAUUCCCCAGAAUACAGACACUUGUUCUAUCAUACGCCUACCACUGCUGCGAGUUCAUGCCUCUCAUGGAAGGAGGCUCGAGCUCGGCGUCGGUGGACUCAGCAGAGGAAGAAACUGAACAGUUCAGUGACUUGGUGUUACUACCGCCAGCACAUGUUGACCUCGCCGCGUGGGCUAAUGCUACGGAUAUUUGGCCACAUUACCUGAACGCGACAGGCGAGGGUAGUUCAAGACUCGCUGCAGUCGGCUGGGGUGACGUCAGCGCGGAGCUCAAAUACAGCGGGAAUCGACGCGUGCGCUGCUUACCACUGCCUGGUUAUCAUCUUAUAAGUCCGUUCCUGCCGUGUGUGGAUCUAUUCGACUGGUGGACGCUCCGGUGCGGCGUGUGGGCUGUGUUCCUGCUCGCCUUGUUGGGUAACGGCACCGUAGUAUUCGUGCUCGUAUUCAGUCGCAGUCGAAUCGACGUCCCGAGGUUUCUGGUCACCAAUUUGGCAGCAGCGGACUUCUUUAUGGGCAUCUAUUUAGGUUUCUUGGCUGUGGUCGACGCGGGCACGCUGGGUGAGUUUCGUGCUCACGCUAUAGCAUGGCAGAUGUCUGGCGGCUGCCGGCUCGCUGGCUUCCUUGGCGUGCUGUCUUCCGAGUUAUCUGUGUACACGCUCGCGGUGAUCACUCUCGAGCGUAAUUAUGCAAUAACUCACGCGAUGCACCUCAACAAGCGCCUGUCGUUGCGUCACGCGGCGGCGGUCAUGGCGGCGGGCUGGGCCUUCUCCCUAGCGGCGGCCUCGCUCCCACUCCUCGGCGUGUCCGACUACCGCAAGUUCGCCGUGUGUCUGCCCUUCGAGACGAGUUCGCCCGCAGCACUCGGAUAUGUCGUUUCUCUGCUCAUCAUCAACGGAUUUGCCUUCUUAGUACUCCUAGGAUGUUAUCUGAAAAUGUAUUGUGCCAUCCGCGGCUCCCAAGCUUGGAACUCGAACGAUUCACGCAUCGCGAAACGUAUGGCUUUACUCGUGUUCACAGACUUUUUGUGUUGGUCGCCCAUAGCGUUCUUCGCGCUCACCGCCGCUUUCGGCGCUCAGCUCGUGUCUCUGGAGGAGGCGAAAGUGUUCACGGUGUUCGUGCUGCCCUUAAACUCUUGUUGCAAUCCAUUUUUAUACGCCAUUCUGACGAAACAGUUCAAGAAGGAUUGCGCCCUGGUGUGCAAGGCCAUCGAGGAGUCCCGCGUCACUCGAGGCAUCGGUCGGUGUCGCCACUCCUCCAACUUCAGUAACCGCCAGACGCCCGCCAACACGAACAGUUUGAACGAGAGGUCGUCUCGCGGGCAGCACGGAGCGACGUGCGCGUGUAGACGGCUGCUACCUCCGGGCGGUGUCAGCGAGGGGAACACGUUACCCACCGAGCCCGGCGGUGAGAGAUUAUUACGCUGGCUGAGAGCGUGUGGUCGUCGCGCCACCGCCCCCGCGCCCCCCGCGCCCCGUCAGCCCCCCGCCGCCCCCGUACGGACCGGCUCCGUGUCUUCAUCAGUGGAGUUCUCAUCAUCCCGAUCAGAUUCUUGGCGGACGUACGGCCGGCCUCCCCCGCCGCCGCGCCGCGCCGCGUCCUGGUUAGUCGCCAGGAAGACCUCACAGGACUCGAACCUUUCCUCGUCCAGAAAUGAUUCGUCUGGAUCUAAUGCGACCGCUUCGACGGGGACGUGGCGUACAUCACGGUCGGGGGGUAGUGCGACGGCGGGGGCGGGGGGUGCGGUCGUGGCUAGCGGCGGAGGGGCGGGGGGUCGUCCGCGCCUCACUCGCCAGCCGGCCGUGAUAGCAGACGAGCCACCCUUGUCUCCGGGAGCACUACCCGCCCCUCGCCUGCUACACACGAUCCCUUCAGCGGCCGAGACCGAGGCCACGUUGGAGGAGCCUGACGCGCGCUGA